AUGUGUAGAAAAGAAUAGAAAAAAUCAGUUAUCUUCGUAAACAAAGUCCUCAUUUCUAGAUCCUUAACGUAGUAUUAAGAUCAACAGAGCGGGCGCUAUUCAAUUUUCCCACAAGUGGAUUUUGACGAUUUGCUGGUGGAGUCAAUCGCAACAUCGUACUUCUGUAAAGAAGAAUGCUUCCCGAAUUUGAAGAAUUGCCGCCAUUUUAAAGCUUUGAUCAGAGAGGAAGAUGGCUUCGAAAAUUUGUGAAAUCGAAAAAUGCUGGAAAAAUUUCUCCUGGUCAUUCUACUAUGUUCUUCAAGUUCUUUAUGCUUUGGAUCAGUAACAGGAUGCAGCUCUCCUCUGGGACUGAUGACCGGUGCCGUCCAAGACUGGCAAAUCAGCGUGAGUUCGAUGGCUGACCACCGGAAAGACCCCGGGUGCCACAUGCGGUACGGCCGCAUCUACCAGCCACCCGGGAGAGCCUGGUGUGCCGGAAGGAAGGCUGCCAUGGAAUGGAUACAAGUGGAUCUCGGUGUUUCCGCUAUAAUAACUGGAAUGAUGACCCAAGGAAGAGGAGACGGGCAUCAGUGGGUAACGUCUUACCUCCUGUCUUACAGUUUGGAUGCCUAUCACUGGAAAUAUUGCUCCGAUGUGUACGGCAAUCGGAAGGUCUUCAAAGGCAACAUCGACUCCCAUUCCACUCAGACUGGCUACUUAGAUCAAAAUGUGACUGCAAGAUUUCUUCGGUUGCAUGUUCUACAGUGGCACGAACAUCCAAGCAUGCGAAUUGAAGUGCUAGGAUGUCAAGAUUGCAAUUCCAUCAUUAGCGUUCCUCCACAAGCUCAAUUAACAGCCUCUUCGUCCAGACCUUGGAGCAAGCAAGGAACCUGCACACCAGAAGACGCUCACAUAUUCAGUUUUGGUGGAUGGUGCGCAAAGACGAAUGACAUGAGACAGUGGCUCCAGAUCGACCUUGGUCCACCCACAAGAGUGACAGGUGUCGUUACGAAAGGAAGGGGUGACAGUCGAAGGAAACAGUGGGUGACUUCUUUCGCCUUGUCGUAUUCCAACAGCACCAACCACUGGCACUACUACAAAGAUGACAACCUUGUGAGUCCCAAGGAAUUUGGAGGUAACAUGGACAAAAACACAGAGCGCCGCCAUUACUUCAACCAACCCUUUACAGCGCGUUACGUUCGAGUACAUCCGAUGACGUGGCGAGGGAGAGUGAGCAUGAGACUCGGUCUCAUCGGGUGUCAACUGAAAGGAGAAUGUGGACAAGGGUUUUUCCGGGUGCAUACAGAUUCCGAAUGUGUGGAGAACCUUGCUUACAAAAAGGACACUUGGGUGAACGACAAAAGGCACUCCUGGAAUGGAUGGAAAGACGGUCAUUCAUCGUAUGCCGUAGACGGCGACGAGGACACUCAUCUGCGACGCUGCGCGAUUCUAGACAACUACUACGUGGAUUAUCCCGUCUGGAUGGUGGAUCUGGGACAGAGAAAGACCGUCCGGGGAGUCGUCAUCACAACAUGGCAAGGCAGAGGUGAAGGUAACCGCACAAACGUAUACAAAGAAUACAUCUACAACCUCGAAAAACUGACGGUUUUCGUGGAGAACAAGGCGAGACUGGAAACCAGUACCAGCGGCUCAAAGUGCGCAUCCAUUUCGAGACUCAACAAUGCUCUCUUUCGAAGAACACUACACUUCGAAUGUCCAGAUCACCUCAUUGGAAGAUACGUGUACGUCAAAGCAUACGGAGUGCCAAGGUGGAACAGGCUGUACUCGGCCAUACUGUGCGAAGUAAGAGUCUACUGAGAAGACUCUUUCUCAUUCAUAUAGUUCGCAGACAUUACAAGGAAGAUUUAGUCAAGUUUUGGCUAGUAGAUUUGUUGAGUAAGCAGCUUUUUUGUGAAAUGAUUCGAAAACGAAACUCUGCAUUCAGUUGGCUAGAAUGUAAUCUAUAAAGAAAUCUUUGUUUCAAACGUCACAAUUAGGGUUAAAAUGUGUUAACAAGUAUUAUGUCAGAAAACAUUCAUCAUUAAAGAAUAAUAAAUUUUAAAAGUUAUUUUUUGUAAUAUGCACUUUUAAGUGAGGUUGUGUGGCUCAGUCAUGCUCUUCUCAACCACAUUUUAUGCUACAUAUCAGAAAAAUGUUCGGAAUUCUUAAAUUAAGGGGUUUUUCAAAUAAAAUGGAGCAAAAAUAUUUAA